AUGUCAACUCAAACUUCUCCUGAAACUAAUCUCAUCGAUUCUUCAAAUCCUUUGUAUCUUCAUCCUUCCGAUCAUCCUGGUUUGAUUCUUGUCUCUAAACCAUUUGAUGGAAAUGGAUUUGGUGCGUGGAAGAGAUCUAUGUCUAUUGCUUUAUCUGCGAAGAACAAAUUGAGCUUUGUUAAAGGUGAAAUCACAAAACCUAAUUCUGCUCCUCAGCUUGAUUUGUGGCAAAGAUGUAAUGAUAUGGUGAUUUCAUGGAUUCUCAACACUUUAUCACAUGAAAUAAGAGGUAGUGUGAUAUAUUCUGCAACAGCACAACAGUUAUGGAAUGAUCUAUCUGAACGAUUUGGUCAAUCAAAUGGAGCAAGACUGUAUCAAUUACAAAAGAGUUUGGGAGAGAUUUCUCAAGGUAACAGUGAUAUAGCCUCAUAUUUUACCAAAUUAAAAGUGUUUGGGAUGAAUUAG